AGAGAUCUAAAAAUUAAGAGCUGCUUACAUGUUAGUCGAGAGGAGUAUUUUGUGCCUAGAAAAAUCUUUCUCCUGAUUUCUCUAUUCAGCAGGGACAGCACACCUAGUCACGUAACAUUAGAUGUCUCUUUCUCUUUAUUUCCCCUGUUUCAGGAAAUGGGCAGUCCUUAUGUCAGACAACUUUCAUUUUGCUGAUCACACACAGCCAGGCUCCAGGCACACCCUAUACCAACACUGAUCCCAAAGCUCAGCUCUGUGAGGAAGGAGACAGAAGGUAAAACCACAGUGCCCAGAUUGGCCAGAAGUUGUACCCUGUAAUCGUCAAAGGCUAUAGUGAAGACCUCUUCCCCGACAACAUGAGCAAGAAUGCAUACUGUGGUUAUGGACACCAAGACCCCAGCAAAAAUCAACUGAGACUUGUCCUGGUGGGUAAAACAGGAGCUGGGAAAAGUGCAACAGGGAACAGCAUCCUUGGUAAACGAGCAUUUGAGGCAAGACUAGCAGCAAAGUCGGUGACCAAGAAUUGUGCAAAAACAAGCAGAUUGUGGAAUGAGAGAGAAAUUGUAGUUGUGGAUACUCCUGGGAUUUUUGACACUGAUGUGUCUGAUGUGGACACUUCAAAGGAGAUCAGCCGCUGCCUCAUUAUGUCCUCCCCUGGGCCUCAUGCCAUCAUUCUGGUGGUCCCACUCAGUCGUUAUACCAAGGAGGAACAAGAUGCAGUGAAGAAGAUCCUGGGAAUUUUUGGCUCCAAAGCCAAGAAAUAUAUGAUUCUUUUAUUGACCCGGAAGGAUGAUUUGGAAGGUGCUGAUUUGAAUCAAUACUUAGAUGAAGGUGGGAAUGAAGCUUUGAAAGACCUGAUUGGCUGGUGUGAUGGAAGAUACUGUGCAUUCAACAACAAGGCCACUGGAAAUGAGCAGGAGAAUCAGCUAACAGAACUUCUGCUAUUGGUUGAACAAGUAGUACAGAAGAAUGGAGGCUUUUGCUACACAAACCAGAUGUAUCAACUGGCAGAACAGAAUAUUCAGAAAGAAACUGAAGCAUUGCAAAGAUCCUACAAGCAAGACCUGGAAAGACUGAAAGAGGAAAUAAGACAAGAAUAUGAAGAGGCAAUCAGAAACUUACAGGAUGAGCUGAAGCGAAAAGAAAGAGAAAAAAAAAUGUAUAAGGAAAUUGCAGAAAAAGAAGCUUUCUAUGAAAACAAGCAAAGAGAUGCCAGAAAUGAGGUUAUGAACUUUAAUUGGUUCCUUGAAAAUUUCCUGAAAAUCUUGGUAGCAGCUUGUCACAUCAUUAUACUCAUAUUUAAGGAUUAAGGAACUUGAUAAAACUAUUUUAUGUUUUCUGCUACUUUUCCAGCAUCUUCCUUCUCUAUUGGUUAUUAAUGAAUACUCAGGCAUCACAAGUCCAUCCUACCACUCAUGUGUCCAAGAAUAAAGAUAGUUGCAAACUUUUGUUCAUAACAGCUACACUAAUAUUUAAUAACUAACAUCUCAGUCUGAAAAUAAAAGGACAAAUUAUUUUCCUGUGAAAAUCCAGAAAAGGAAGUUCUAACUCAUUCUGAACUGGAAAAUAUCCCUCCAAGAUUCAGAGGAGGAAAAAAGGAACAAAAGUCAAGCACACAAAUAGUUUUCAAUAUUUCUCCAUCCUCUCCUCCCUAGAAACAGAAUGUAUUCUCUGUGUUGUGACUCUCACUCACAUUUCUAUUGUUGUCCUCAUCAAGGGACAUAUAAUAGCUAAUAGCUAAUAUGUGUUUAGGAGUUUAGGGUUUGCAGAGCACUUUACAUAAUGUUUACUUACAAACACAGCUACAUAUAAACCAUGUCAUCUGAUUUGACCAUCAUAAUAACCUGGCAAGAUAGAUACUAUUAUUAUCCACAUUUUAUCAAUAAGGAAAUUAAAUCUCAGAAUCUAACCUUGCUCCUGAUAACAGGGUUAGCAAGUGCCUGGGGAAAGAUUUGAAUUUAAAAUUUCCUUUCUCUAAGUCUGACACUCUACUCACUACACCACCUAUUUGCCCGUUUUACAUUGUCCAUUAUGUCCUUGCUAUUUAUCUUAACUGAAUAGUACUUAUGGAGGGAGAAGAUGAAAUCCUAUUAUAUUCAUUUUUCUUAAUCCUAAACUGGAAUUGCCCAUAGGUUUUCUGCUUCCUAAUGAUCCUUUCUCUCUCAUUGUCUGCUCAUUUAAAUUGACAAAAUUCUAUAUCAUUGACUGUCAUGUUACUAGUCAUUUUGUCGACAAUUCAUUUAUGUAGCUCUUUAAGAUUUACAAAACCUUUCCUCCCAGAAAAUCUCUGAAAUAAUAUUGCAGAUAUUACUCUUACUUUACAGGUGAAAAAAUUGCAACUCAGAAAGAAUUGGUUUUUCCCAUUGUCAUGAAGUUGUUAGUGUCAGGGUUAGAAUACAAGACUGGAUUUCUUCUGAUUCCAGUGUCCUUUUUACUAUACCACAUCACCUCUUUCAUUAAACAACUGUUUACCAAACAUCUCUGAAUUCAAUCUUUCCUGUGCCAGUCAUAUUCAGAGUAUAAUGAUAGGGCAAGUGGAAUGUUAAAUCCCUAUACAUCCAUAGUCAGUGACUCUGACCCAACAGAUGAGAAAAUGUGGUUUAAUGUGUUCAUUUCACUCUGCUAGUUGAACUGCAUGAUCUUAAUAAAAUUUUAUAUUUCUGAUUUUUUUUGACAAUACAACUUUAAUUACUUUUCAUAAUCAUUUCAAAACUUAAAUAAAAAUGUGACUUGUAAGGAC